CAGCGCGCCCCGAGCGCCCGGCCACCGUCGUAGGUGCGGGCCGCCUGAAUGGAGCUCUGGGAGUAAGGAAAAGCCUGGCACAAUCCACGCGGCCGGUACCUGCUCCUGAGCGCUCCUGCGGGAUUGGGCCGUGCGCGUGCGCGCUCAGAGGAGGCGCGGAGCGAAGGCGCCCGGCCCUUGUCGGCUUGUGGCCGCUGAGGUUGGUAACAGCGGCGGCCGAGCCGCGCCUCGGACCGUCAGGUACUUGCCGGGCCUCCCGCCUCUCCCGGGGCUGCGAGCAGCCGUGGCGGCCGCCGGGGACCGCAAGGGGCGGAAGAAAGGAGGAGGCCGGUCCCGGCACACGGAGGAACCGCCGAGCAUGCCCCGAGACAACAUGGCUUCCCUUAUCCAACGGAUAGCCCGCCAGGCUUGCCUCACCUUCCGGGGCACCGGGGGCGUCCACGGCGCUUCCGACCGCGGCGCGACGGCUGGCCCCGAGGCGCCGAUGCCCCCCGGCUUCCCCGAGAACCUGAGCAAGCUGAAGGGCCUGCUGACCCAGGUCCGCGCCGAGGACCUCAACAUCGCCCCGCGUAAGGCCACGCUGCAGCCGCUGCCUCCCAAUCUGCCGCCGGUCACCUACAUGCACAUCUACGAGACGCCCGGCUUUAGCCUCGGCGUGUUCCUACUCAAGAGCGGCACGUCUAUCCCGCUGCACGACCACCCUGGCAUGCAUGGUAUCCUCAAGGUGCUCUACGGCACCGUCCGCAUCAGCUGCAUGGACAAGCUGGAAGCGGGCGGUGGGCAGCGUCCGAGGGCCCAGUCGCUCGAGCAGCAGUUCGACCCGCCGCUGCAGGCCCGGGAGCGGGAGGCCAUGCGGCCAGGCAUCCUGCGCUCUCGGGCCGAGUACACCGAAGCCAGUGGCCCCUGUGUUCUCACGCCGCACCGAGACAACCUGCACCAGAUCGACGCCGUGGACGGACCCGCUGCCUUCCUGGACAUCUUAGCCCCGCCCUACGACCCGGAUGACGGCCGGGACUGCCACUAUUACCGGGUGCUGGAGCCUGUCAGGCCCAAAGAGGCCUCCAGCUCGGCCUGUGACCUGCCCCGAGAGGUGUGGCUGCUGGAGACGCCGCAGGCCGAUGACUUCUGGUGCGAAGGAGAACCCUAUCCAGGACCCAAGGUCUUCCCUUGAAGCCACAGGCACUCGCAGUGGGCCAUAGACGUGCCCUAUCCUGAUCCGGGCCUGGCAGCGCGAUACCCACCCACCACAAGGGCUCUGUCUCUCGCGCUCUCUCUCACUCUGACCCCUACCUAGCCUGGGCGUUGGAUCUACUGGAGUGACCUGCAGCCACAUCCUCGGCAGUCUGGGAAAGCAUGGGCUUCUGGACAGCAACCAUCGGGCACGGUUAUGGGGGCAGGAUGGACGGCGGGAGGUUAGGUUGUUUCCUGGUACUUUCACUGCCACCAGGGCUUUGAUUUGGGGGAGUGGGCAGGGGACUCUGAAGCGCUUCCAUCCCAAAGCCAUAAUGAGAAUAUUCUUCCUCUGUUCUCCAUUCUAUACAAAAUACACUAAAUGGUUUUUACUCCAGCCCCACUUGGUAAAUAGGAUUUGUUUCCCACUCUUGCCCUUAUGACCUUUUGCUCUUCACAGUUAACUUAUUGACAGCAUGACCAAGUGGUUUGAAUUGUUUUUAGUUCAAGUCAUUGGUUAAAACUACAUUUUCAAGAGAUGCACAACUUUUAAAGUGAGCUGUCCGGCCACUUUGAAAAUUAAAUCAUCUUUUCAGAGUUCUGGAAUCACCCUCAAAACGUUAGCUGUGCAUGUGGAGGACAAGAUUUAUUUUCUUUCCUCCCUUUGCUUAGUAGCCACAUCUGGUUUAUUCAGCAGCCUAUACUAAAAAAUUCAGCACCUGCCUAUCUCAGAGCUGGUUCCUGAGAACAGAAGUUCCCCCUUGAAUCUCCAGAUCUGUGAGUUAAGCAGAUAUUUUUUGGUGCAGAUUCACCUUUUAUGCAGCUACUGUAUUAUCAAGUGACUGUUUUCUUGUCCUGAUAUACUUUUAAGAGAUGAUAGGGUAAUUCUGUAUUUUCUAAUCAGAAUCAGAGAGCUCAAUCUGUUAUGCUUCCAAACAACUGAAUGUAAAACACCUCUAGCCAACUGUUGAAUUCCAUAUGCCUAUUGACUUCCAAUAUCUUCCUAUAAAAGUAGGGGAAAAUAGUGUGUUAGUGACUAUUUCACGUUCUUCCAGGAACAUCAGUGUUCCAGAGGGCUGUGAUUCCUGAUGUGUCCUAGUGGUGUUAUCUCAUCCCUCUCCUUAAAAUAGCAGAGCAAGCACUUGCUUCAUCUGAUUUGUUUUUGUAGGAAGAGGUAGAAGACAUAGAUGAUCUAGGCUGGAGAAUUGGGAAUUAACUAUACUUCUAGCCAUUUUAGGGCACCAAAACUUGGGAUGAAACACCUUCCCAUUCCCAACUCCAGAAAUAAGUUAUCUGUUAGAUUUAUUUUUGUCCUUUUAAUAGGCUGAGCAACUUUACCUUGUUUACAAAUGUAUUGGCACCAUUUGCUUCGAGCCAUGGAGCACUUUCCCCCUUUUUACUAUUUAUAGGAUUCCAUUUUUUCAGGAAGCUUUUCAUGAAAACAAACUGUAGAAAUAGACAUACUGAGAUUUGCCUGGCUAUUGUCUAAGUCCUUUCAAGGAACUUGCCCAUGUGGCAAUAGACUUCUGUCUGUAAUAAAGGGAAAUUUACUAUUGGUAGAAAGUGUUUGCUGCCCUUGAGAGAAACUGUGUGACUUACCUCUUUAACCACACUAGGUUACAGCGACCCAGGCUGACAGAGUAUUUGUUCCCAGUUCUUAAAAUAAUAGGGAAAAGCAAGUUCUUGAUGUUUUCUUUUUAACAAGAGACGCUUACUCAAUGUAACAUGCCACUAAAAACGUUUUGUAAAACCUGACACAGGCAUAAUACCAAGCAUUUCCUCCAGGGUUCCAAAAAUUGUUAUUGUAGCUUCACAUUAUGGUGUAAUUUCAAAUGCCUUGGGGGGCAGUAUGAAGCAGCUCUUCCAUGCUACUCAGUUUGAAAACAAAUUCUAGAUAUGCAAAUAAUGAUUUUUCUUAGGAAACUUCACAAAAUGUGUUUUUAUAGCACAGUAAUGUGUGUAAUUAUCGGAUGGUCACAUACUUUUUUAAAAGUGUAGCAAAAAGUUAAUUUACAAAGACUUGAUAGUAAUAUGUAUUUUACAGUAUAAUCUGGAGUAUGUUAAACUAACCCUGUAGAAACAUCCCGGAAAUAAUGACAGUAAUAAAGGAAAAAUUAUUAUGAAAGACUUUACUACCAAAAAAAGUGGUAAAAGUUCUCAAUUAUAAACAAUUUGGAAGGAAAAAACUGAGGUGCUUUUCAAAAGACUAACUGAAGUUGUUCAGACCAAAAUAGCAAUAUGAUCUCUUUCUAAUUUAGUUCAGUAAGAACAGUGAAAUUUUGGUUCACCAAUAAACUGAGUAAGUUAAUGGGGAAAACAAAAUGUAACUUGUUUUAAUGAAUCAGUACAGAAAGCUCAUUAAAAAGACAAAAUGUAGUACAGAGAUAGCCUUGCACCUCUGUGCAUAGUGUUAGUCAUUACUGACUUCUUGUGCUGCUACUGUUUCCAUGUAGUCCUGCAAUAUGGAUUAUGUUUUAAUAACAACUGUGGGAUAAAAGUUACCUUCCCAUAGGAAAGACUAAUGAGCACAAUGGUAUUAAUCACUUAAUUUUUUUUGUUGAAUAAUAAAUGCAAUAAUUGCCUCUUGUGGAUGA